UCGAGAGAGAGAGAGAAAUGGUGAAGAUUUACGUCUUCGUCGUCCUUGCAGCGUUUGUUCUACUGGUCGUACAUGCAAGCGGCCGCCACGUUCCAGGUCAUGACCGCAGCGACGACAAAGACCAAACCCUAGAACUGGCACCGACACCGGUGGCAGACCCGCCGAGCAGCGGUGGUGUCCGCGAGCAAAAGCAAAUCAUCUUUGGUGGGGUUGGAGGUUUUGCAGGGAUGGGUGGCUUUGUUGGAGGGUUGUUUCCACAUCUUGGCUUUGGCGGGGUUGGUGGCAUCGGCAAGUUCGGCGGAAUUGGUGGUGGAACCGGGAUCAUCCCCGGCGGCGUCGGCGGCAUAGGCGGCGUAGGUGGCGGAGCUGGCGGCGUCGGCGGCGGAGUUGGCGGUGUAGGCGGCGGCCUGCCAUUUCCUUGAGCACUUGUUUCCGUUAUUGGAAUACAUCGAUCCGCCGCCGUGUGAUUCCAUAAUGUGAUCUAUGUUAUUGUGUAUUUUGUCAUGUCUGGUUUCUUAAAAUUCAUGCAGAAAAAUAGUUUUUCCUAAAAUUUUUGCAGCAAUUUCAAUUUCUUUUUAUGGUUUGGUUUGUGUGUGGAGUGAUCUAAAAUUUGUUAUAACUACGUGCAGCUCACGGAUCUAGAAUUCUUAUUUAGGAAAUUUUAUAUAAAGUUCAGUAAAUAUGUUCAGUCA